UAUGAUUCCGUAGUAUUGGAUUCCAUAGAGACGGGCAAGCAUAUUUUUUGUUGCUGCCAGAUAGCUAACAAGCUAUACCUCAUAGAAGAAGCUAGCCAAUCUAACACCCAAGAUCAGGAUCCAGAAGACUUCCUUGGGUGAUUGAGUGCCACAACACGAACAAACUAUGUCCUUUAGAGACUUACGAAAUUUCACAGAAAUGAUGCGGGCUCUGGGCUAUCCUCGCUUGAUAUCCAUGGAGAACUUCAGGACCCCCAACUUUACUCUGGUGGCAGAAAUUCUCAUUUGGCUUGUGAAAAGAUAUGAACCGCAAAUGGACAUACCGAGUGACGUGGACACGGAGACAGACAGGAUUUUCUUCAUAAAGGCAGUGGCCCAAUUUAUGGCAACAAAGGCUCACAUCAAGGUGAACACAAAGCGUCUGUACCAGGCUGAUGGCUACGCUGUGAAAGAGAUGUUGAAGAUCACCUCAGUGCUGUACAGUGCCAUGAAGACCAAGGAGAUGGCCUCAGGGGACAAAGUGGAGGAGGACAAUAGCAAAUUCAAGUUUGACUUGGGUUCCAAGAUUGCAGACCUGAAGGCAGCGAGGCAGCUGGCCUCGGAGAUCACGUCUAAAGGAGCGUCGCUUUACGACCUGCUGGGGAAGGAGGUGGACCUGAGGGAGAUGAGAACUGCUGCCAUCUCCAGACCCUUGGAGAUCAACGAGACAGAGAAGGCCCUCAGAGCAGCCAUCAAGGAAGUUUUGGAAAGCGUGGAUAAAACCAAAGACAUGCUGAACAACGUGUCCUCAGAUGAGACCAGCCUGGAGUCCAAAAUGGAGAAGAAGAAACAGGAGCUGGAGAGGAAUCAGAAGAGACUCCAGACUCUACAGAGUGUACGGCCAGCAUUCAUGGAUGAGUAUGAAAAGAUUGAGGAGGACCUGCAGAAGCAGUACGAGACCUACGUGGAGAAGUUCCGUAACCUGAGCUUCCUGGAGCAGCAGCUGGAGGACUACCAUAGACUGGAGCAGGAGAGGUUUGAGGAGACUGAGAACACCCUUAGGAUGAUGCAGCACAAACUGCGGGAGGAGGAGAGGAGGCUGAUGAGAAGUGGAGGUGACACGCGCUCAGUAACACACACCUCCAAAGACGAAGACUCCGAUAUAGACAUCCCUGACGACGAGGGUUCAGACAGCGAUAUGGAGGAUCGCAGACCCUCUAAACCCCGUCCCACCAGAAACGGCCCUAUGACAGGGAGAGGCGGAGCGCGGCUCGUCGGCAACAUGCAGGGUGGAGACAGCGAGGAGACAGAGGACAGCGAGAUAGACGUGGACGAGGAUGAUGAUGAGGAAGGUGAGGAGAAUGAGGACCUGGAGGACGACAACGACAGUCUAGAAGUCCCGGCGCCCAAGCCAUCCCGGCCCUCCAGGGGGCCCUUGAGGCCCCAGCUAUUAGAGGAGAGCGAUAAUGACUUUUAAGCUGACACACACACACACACACACUGUAUCACAGCUCGUGAGCACUGAGGACAAACAAAACACUUUAUUCCAUAUAACCUAAUAAUGUAAUCAUAUAAUAAACACUCUGUCCAAUCUGA